AUGUUGAUGAGGAACACCAAAAUUGAAAAUGCACUUUCUGUUCUAGAGACAAUAAUAUUUCAACUCGAAGAUGAAGCUGCACCGAAGAAAGAUAUUCAAGCCUACUUGUCAGAAUCAGGACUUGGUGGUUUAUUUCCAAAGUCUGCAAAGAGAUUAGCCCCCAAUACUACACUAUUUAAUGAUUCAUCAAACAAAAUGAAUGCUACAGCACAUUUUCAUGAAACAAAUUUAUACAAUCAAUUGGUUUCAAUAUCUUUACAACUCCAACAAGAUAUAAAACUUACAAAUCAUAAAUAUAUGGCACAUCAAUUAGCAUUACUUUAUCAAUGUCUCAAUCAAGCUGGUGGACCGUUUCUUAAAUAUAAAUCUCGUGUAGAAUUACAUUUUGAUGCUAUAAAAGCAUUAUCAAAUAGUUCAGAAGAACCUCAACUUGAUGAAGAACAAAAAAAAUGGUUUCAACGUGUAUCAUCAACACGUUACCAUUUUUGUCAAUGUGUAUCAUCAACACGUUAUUGUCAACGUAUACCAUCAACGUUAUCAUCAACUAUCAAUGCUGAAAGUGUUAACAUACCUACUGCCUCUGCUCCAUGA